AUAGCGCAAACAUCCUGACAAACGGAAACAGGCGAUUGCAGAGUGGACGGCUGAUCAAAGUGGACUGUGGACUGAGUCAGUGGACUAACACAACUAAGGGACAAGACUCCUGCCCAACAGGGAAAUGUUCGUUGUUAGCGCUGGACGGGCCGCGUCCCACCAAUUGAGUCAGCGGCGGCAGCGGGACUGUCAGUGUCAUUCGGGAGGUGGAUUUAUAUCUCACCGUCUCCCCAUCCUUCGUCCCCCUCUCGCGCCUCGGCCACUCUCCAACAAUGGCCGCCAACGAUCCCCCAGCGUUCAUCGAGCCUGAUUCCAGCGACACGGACUCGGUCUUCACAAACUCCACCGCCUACACCGAGAGUCUGCGCUCGAGCCUCCUCCAGAGCGUGCGCGAAAAUGGGCGCGGCUACCACAAGUAUUCCGACGGCAAGUACUUCAUCCCCGAGGAUGAGCAGGAACAGGAGCGCCUGGACAUGCAGCACGAGAUCUGCCUCAUGACUCUCGGCCGCAAACUGCACCUCGCUCCAGUGCCGUCGACCGUGCAGAAUGUUCUUGAUCUCGGCACAGGAACAGGGAUCUGGGCAAUCGACUUCGCAGAUCAGUAUCCCUCAUCUAACGUCAUUGGCACGGACCUCAGCCCAAUCCAGCCGUCUUGGGUGCCGCCAAACCUGAAAUUCGAAAUCGACGACUACGAGCAACCGUGGACUUAUUCGCAGAAGUUUGAUUUUAUCCAUGCCCGCAUGCUCUCGGGCUCUAUUGCAAACGAGGAGAAUCUGUUUCGCCAGGUGUACGAUAAUUUGACGCCGGGCGGGUGGUUCGAGCUGUUUGACUUUUCCUUCCCGGUGCGCUCCGACGAUGGCACCAUGCACGGGACCGCCUUUGAAACCCUGAACAGCAAGCUGGUUGAGGGGCUGCGCUUGCUCGGUCGCAAUGGGGCUCUGGCCGACGAGUACAAGAGGCUGCUAACCGAAGCCGGGUUCGAAAACAUCGUCGAAGUCAAGCACAAGUGGCCACAGAACUCCUGGCCAAAGGACAGGGAGUUGAAGAAAAUUGGACAGUGGAACAUGGUCAACACCUUGGAUGGCUUGCAUGGGUUUUCUGCGAGACUGUGCACUCAGGUGCUGGGGAUGUCCUCGGCUGAGCUGGAGGUCUUGCUGGCGCAGUCACGGAAGGACAUCACGAACCCGAAAGUCCACUCAUACUGGUCAAUUGUUGUGGCCUACGGCCAGAAGCCAGCGAAUCCAUGAUUGAGUUUCGAAGCUGUACUGAUACACUAAUUCAUGAGUUGAACGAUUCUGCUUAAAGUCUGGCUUCAAUAAUAUGAGCGUUCCCGUAACGAGUACCUAUACAUUCAUCUGGAGCGAUUUCUACGACUAACUGUUCUCUUUCGGCUGGAGCUGUAGAUAAUAAAGUAACUACUAGGCACCUGCUAACAAAUUUUCUUGAGCGAGUUAUUAAUGAAUUACUUCUGUCGCUAUUUCUAUCCGCAGACGCCUAUAAGCUUUUAUCAGUAACACAGGCUAACAUUCCCAUUGGUGUCAACUACAAC